AUGAUGAUAAUUAUAACAAUAGUAAAUAUCAAGGAAUUUUUGGCGGUAUCGCAGUCGUCCUCAGACGCGGAAGAUAAUUAUCCACAAAAUCUUCUUGGUGUCGCGUACAAAACUUCGGUUAAUGAAUCAAAAGAAGUGCGAGAUCGUGAUGGAAAAUAUGUCUGUACAAAAUGUGGCAAAUCUUAUAUCGCUGCGACAUCACUGAGACGGCACAGACGUCUCGAGUGUGGCGUCGAUCCAUCUGAGAAAUGUCACAUUUGUAACAGACGAUUCAGACACAAAUUUGUUCUUACUGCUCAUGCGCUAACAUUUUUUUUUGUUGUGCUUGCAGCCUUUAAAAUCGAACGGGUAUGGAGCUGGUGCGUAAAGAGCGAAGACAACGCGAGUAAUCCAGAGGAAGAACUUUCAGCAAAUCCUGACCCAGAAGCUGAGGGCCAAAAACAAAUCCUACCGCGAACCAGAUUCAACACGACAUUCGUGUGCGCUUCUUGUGGACGAAGAUACGCUCGCAAAAGCUCUCUAAGACGUCACAAAAAAAAAUGCGUCGUCGAACCGACACUUCAGUGCAUCAUCUGCGAGGAAAAGUUUUACAAAAACUACCAGCUUGAAUUGCACAUGAAACAAUGCCUUAAACGUAUACAGAAACAUGAUACGUCUGAUAAUAUAUAA